AGAUGGCGUCUGCAUCUAAUGGCGUGAUGUUAUUGUCAAAAAAGUUGUGGAAUUCUACUAUAGAAUGGGCUCAGGACAGUACAGUCCGUUGGGCAAAUGUACUAAAACAAACUCUAUACAGAGUACUCGUAUCAGUGUCUAUUUUGACAGUAUUAUUAUGGAUAUCAGUGUUUAUUUAUGGUGCUUUUUACUUCGCUUAUAUGCCAUCAGUUUCUCACGUAAAGCCAGUUCACUUUCGAUUCAGUUCUGAUUGUGAAAGAGGCCAUGCAGUAUGCUCAUUCCCAUCUUCCAACAUUUCACUUGUUAAGCCAAAUCAAGAUCAACUUUUGAUGAGAGGCCAGCAGUACAAGAUUUUCCUUGAUAUUGAGAUGCCUGAAUCCCCAGCUAACAGGGACCUUGGGAUGUUCAUGGUGGAAAUCCAGUUUUAUACCAAAUAUGGAGUUGAAGUCCAGAGGUCUUCUAGAUCUGCUAUAUUACAAUAUAGGUCCACUCUGCUGAAUAUUAUUUAUACAUUGGUGUAUUCGCCUCUUUUGUUACUUGGCUAUGUUGGACAGAAGCAGGCCCUGCAUGUCGAGCUCAUAGAAAACUAUGUGGAAGAUCCUUAUAGACCAGCUCUAGGUGCCUAUAUUGAAGUCCAGAGUAAACACAUAGAGGUCUAUUCAUCCAGGCUGAGCAUACAUGCACAUUUCUCUGGAAUCAGGUAUUUACUGUUCUACUAUCCAGUUGCAUCUGCAUUCUUUGGUAUCCUCACCAAUAUGUUGUUCUUAGCAAUCAUCAGUCUGUUGUCAUGGUACCGCUUCAUCUGGACCAAUGGGGAACACCAUGAGGAAAUUGAGCAAGGUGAUGAAAAACAAUGGGAGAAAGAUCAACAAGGAAAAAGAGAAAAGUACAAGUAUGUGAGGAAAGAUAAAAGGGACAAACAAAAAGAUUCACUAAAUAGUAUUGAAGAUGAGGCUUCUGAAAUAGAAGAUAAUUUAAGAGCUCCAGUUCCACCAACUCCAACCUCAGACCCCUUCAGUAUAAUAGAGGCAAGCUCACACCCCCCUGUGAGAACCCUAGGUACAGUUCCUGAUGAAGAUAACAGUUCAAAUUCCAGUAUAGAGCUGGUCUCUGAGAAAGAUUUACAUGAGAAUGUUGACAUUUCUCUACUUGGACCUCCAAAACAAAGUCCUACAAUACGUAGGAGAUUAAAAGAAGAGAUGUAA